UGAUGAGUCAUGUAAAUAAUCAACCUGCAUAAAAAUCGGAUAGUGAUUAUCUGGACAAAUUAUUUGUCCAUUAUAUCACAUGAGAAAAACCAUGUACUUUGACUGUCAUGUACCGUUUUGUAGAAAACAUCUUAUUUAUUUUCCUUAAUUAGUUUGUCAUUAUGUCUAUAAUAAUUGACGUAUAUGCCUAACAUAUUUCUCCAGGUAUGAGUAUUGAAAAUGUUGCAAAAGAUAUUUCAAAGAUUGCUAAAUGAAAGUGAAUGUAGAGCUGUAAUACAACGAAAUACUUUUGUCUUCCUCAAAAUAUAAAAGUUAACCUUUUUCGUUACUGGGAGACUGAAUGGGAGUACCAAGAUAAAGAUGUUACACACACCAAAACAAAGACAGGAGUGUCUAGCCCUUGAGUAACUGGAUGCAUGCCAGCUAUCCUGCAUUCUAAUUUCAAGCCAUCUGGUGGCAGGACGCCAAACCUGACCUUAAAGGGUUUUCUGGACGUCCAGUAGUCAGUUUGUUUAUGAAAAGUUUGACAAAGCUUGUGUGACCAUUACAUAAGAUGUCUGUAUUUAGUCAGUACUUCGGAAAAAUCAGGGCUCCCCAGGGUGGAGAAAAAGUUUACAAGGAUGAAUGUGUUUUCUCAUUUGACAAUCCAGAGUCAGAGACUGGUUUAUAUGUUUGUAUGAACACUUUCCUUGGUUUUGGCAAGAAACAUGUGGAGAGACAUUUCAAGAAAACUGGCAAUGGUGUUUUUCUACACCUUAGAAGAACCAGAAGGGAGGUGGUAAGUGAAGAGCCCCCACCUGAGAAGAAACCUACAAAGAUGGCAAUAGGCUUAGAAGGCGGUUUCCAAACAGAUGAAAUGAAGUUUGUUUUUGAGGAAAAUAAUUCUGUUGUGGUGUUACCAGACUGGAAGGUAUUCCCACUCCCAGACCCAGAACUGCCAGAAAUUGUACAAAUGUCAGUUAAUGGAAUCCUGAAAGCAGAAGAUGCAUGGAAACUGGAGGAAGCUGCAGCAAUGGCUGGAACAUGGGAUGGUGAAAAGAGGAUCAUUUCAAAACAUGCGGAAAACUUGCUACAGCUGGACAAUGGGAAAAAGAUUCCACCUUCAGGAUGGAAGUGUGAGAAAUGUGACCUUACAAACAACCUCUGGCUUAAUCUUACUGAUGGUUCAAUCAUGUGUGGCCGUAAAUUCUUUGAUGGCAGCGGAGGGAACAAUCAUGGCGUUGAACAAUAUCAGGUUACUAAAUACCCUCUGGCAGUGAAGCUAGGAACCAUCACUCCAGAUGGUGCAGAUGUGUUUUCCUAUGACGAGGAUGAUAUGGUUGAAGAUCCUUACCUUGCCAAACAUCUCGCUCACUUUGGUAUCAACAUUACAGCCAUGCAAAAGACAGAGAAGACAAUGAUAGAGUUAGAGAUAGAUCUGAACCAGAAAGUAGGAGAGUGGGACGUCAUACAGGAAGCUGGUAGUAAACUGACACCCAUGUAUGGUCCAGGAUACACAGGCAUGCGUAACCUUGGCAACAGUUGCUAUAUGAACUCUGUGAUGCAAGUUGUGUUCACUCUACCCGACUUCCAGCAAAGAUACUAUAAUGCAGCUGAUGAAAUAUUUGCAAGUGCACCAACAGAUUCAACAUCAGACUUCACAGUUCAGAUGGCAAAGCUAGGACAUGGGCUGCUGUCAGGGGAGUAUUCAAAGUCAAAAGACGGAGGAGAUGAAAAUGUUACUGCACCUACAGGUAUUAGACCUCAGAUGUUUAAAACAUUGAUAGGUAAAGGUCAUCCAGAAUUUUCUACAAAAAGACAGCAAGAUGCUCAGGAAUUUUUCCUGCAUUUACUGUCGUUGUUAGAGAAAAACAAUCGAGGAAAGUUCAACCCCAGUGAGUGCUUCAAGUUUAAGGUAGAAGAGAGAGUUGAAUGUUCAGUGUCCAAAAAGGUGAAAUAUACAGACAGAACAGACUAUCUCAUUGGCCUACCCAUCUCCAUGGACAUGGUUACAAAUAAAGAUGCUGUAUCAGUCUGGGAAACAAAGAAGAAAGAAUUAGAAAGUCUAAAGCAAACUAUAGACCCUAAAGAUAUAGUCCGUCCAAAAAUAUCCAUGCAAACAUGUUUAGAUGCAUUUGGUGCAACAGAAAGUAUAGAAGGUUUCUAUAGCAGUGCUAUUAAUGGUACAUGCAUAGCUAAUAAAUCAACCCGACUUCUAACAUUCCCUGACUUUUUAGUUGUACAAGCAAAGAAAUUCACCGUAGGGGAAGACUGGGUGCCUAAAAAAUUAGACGUGUCAUUAGAUGUAUUACAAGAGCUAGAUCUGUCUCCUCUAAGAGGUCAUGGUCUGCAGCCGGGGGAGGAAGAACUGCCAGAGGCCCCAGCUCAACAGUCACAAGUACAGAUAGAUGAAGCCACUGUAUCCCAGCUUGUUGAUAUGGGAUUCCCAAUAGAAGGUUGUAAGAAAGCUGUAUACCAUACUGGAAACUCAGGAGUGGAACCAGCUAUGAACUGGGUCAUGGAACAUAUGGAAGAUCCAGAUUUUGGUAUGCCAUUUGAAGUCCCAGGUGCUAAGAAAUCCUCAUCUUUUACCCCAAAUGAAGAAGCUCUCGCCAUGAUUAUGUCCAUGGGCUUUAACAGAGAUCAAGCGACUAAAGCACUCAAAGCUACUGAUAAUAAUGUAGAGAGAGGUGUUGAAUGGAUCUUCAGCCAUGCUGACGAGCUGGAAGCACCAAUGGAUACAGAUGAGCAGACAGCACCUGGAGAGGCAUACAGGGACGGUAGUGGAAAGUACAAACUUGUUGCUUUCAUAAGCCAUAUGGGAACAUCUACGAUGGUAGGACACUAUGUCUGUCAUAUACUGAAGGAAGGCAGAUGGGUUAUUUUCAAUGACGAGAAAGUGGCGCUCUCAGAACAUCCCCCGAUGGAUUUGGCCUAUCUUUACCUGUACAGAAGAAUAGAUAAUUAAGGAUGUAAUUUAUUUGCACAUGCACUUGAACCUGUAACAAUCAUAAAUGAACAGUUGAUCUGCGUGAACAAAUGAUAACCGGAAACAAAAAUCACAAACAUUUGUUUUAUAUUAAAAUUAGACAUACUAAAAAUGGACUCUAAAAAUGAAUUACUGUGAAUAAAAUGUGAAUUUAGCAUCUUAUUAAAAAGAGGAAGUUCAUGUUACAUGUAUUUGAAAGUUCUGUAUUUUGCUUUUGUACUGUUACAGAUAUGUUUUUUGUAUGUAAUGAUAUCUAUUUUCUGUUCUAAAGACAGGUUAAUUAAAAUCUGUUCUGUCUUGCAAUAUGUCAUUAACAUAAUUAGCACUAAAUAUUUCAGUGCAAGUUUGUUUAAUGGACUAAAUCCUCAAUCUUGUUCAGUUCCAUUGUACAAUUUCAUUAAGAAUUGAAUGUCAGUAACUGAAGUUCAGUGUCAUUGUCAGCUGAAUGUCAUUAACUGAAGUUCAGUGUCAUUGUCAGCUGAAUGUCAGUAACCGUGGUUCAGUGUCAUUGUCAGCUGAAUGUCAUUAACUGAAGUUCAGUGUCAUUGUCAGCUGAAUGUCAGUAACUGAAGUUCAGUGUCAUUGUAAGCUGAAUGUCAGUAACCGUGGUUCAGUGUCAUUGUCAGCUGAAUGUCAGUAACUGAAGUUCAGUGUCAUUGUCAUCUGAAUGUCAGUCAUUACUAUUUUCCAGUUUCAUUAACAACUGAAUGUCAGUCAUGGCUACAUAUUUUGUUCAGUUUGUGUGUAUCACUAAUAAAUGCUGAUAAUUACUUUUUCUGAUCACUUUUGGUCCAUACCUAGUAUGGUAUGGCUCAGGCUGACUAAUAUUUAGUCAGACAAAAACGUAUCAGCAAAACCUUCAGUUAAAUGACAUUUUGCAUUGAAAAAUAUGCAGACGAAACAGAAUACAAUAAGUUAAUCAUUUUUAAACAAGAAAAAAUAAAAAAAACUUUAAAAUUGUUUGAUUUUAUCAGCAUGAUAUUUGGUGGUUUUGUCCUAUAUAUUUUAUUAGUGGGGAUUUGAAUUUGUAAUUUUCAACUUUUAAAAUAAGUGGGAAUUUUGUUUGUUCAUACAGCUUUAAUUUCGCAGAUUGACUCAGCCGUGACAUUCAUGAAACUUAAUUCUCUACAAAUAUUUCUAAUUCCAUAGUAUGCAAUUUGCUUCUAAUUCAAACUUUUAAAAAAAGGCACUGUACUUGCUUGUUUAUUUAUUUUGCUAAACUGAUUUUCCUGGACUAUUUUGUGUUAGCUUACUGGUUACUUAGACAUGAAAAGAAGUGAAUUAAUUAUCUUUGCUUAAUGAUGACAGGAAAACUUUCAAUAUACACUAUUAUAUUAGACUUAAUGUUUUCGUAAAUGUACAUUGGCAGAAAUUUUUAAUCAAAUAUAUAUUGUUCUUUGCGCUGACAAACUUUUCAAUCUUCUAUAGAAGUUGAAGUGCUCUAACAAAAUUUACAAUGGUCUAUAUAAGAUAAAGGUCUCGGAAAAAUUUUCCAAGCGUCUAUAUAAUUUAAGGGCUCCGAAAUUUUUUUUAGGUUCUAUAUGUAAGUUAUGUGCUCAGACAAAAUUUUCAUUUGUCUAUGUAAGUUGAGUGCUGUGACAAAAUUUUCAAUUGUUUAUAUAAGUUAAUUGCUUUGACAGAGUUUUUCAAACAAUUAAAUAACUUACAUGCUUGACAGUUUUUCCAACAUGGAUGUGGAAAUUAUUUGAAUGAACAUGAGGUAACUAAUGCAUGAAAUGCACACAUAUAUUUUUGUAGAACUUGCUACAAAGAAUGCCUUUGUAUUUUUGUCAUGUAUGUUUUAUAUUUACAUGUUGGUUAAGCUUACAGUUUAAUAAACAUUUAAGAGCUA